CACCAUGUUUCCCCAACCCCACUCCUCUUCAUACGCAACAAUCACCCCUCAAAAGAAAAAAAACUGCUUCUUAAUUUAUAAUGCUUAGAUAUGCAUUAAUUACUUAUUUUCGACUCACACAAACUUAAUCAGCUAAAAAGCAGGAUGACUAUGAGAAUCUAAAGAGAUAUUGAGUAAAACCCCACCAGAAGGAGUUUGCAACGGCUGCUACACAUACGCUAAUUAUCAAGUCUUAGCAAGCGGCUCAAUUUCAGGAAUUCCGUAACAAAUUCUUUGGAUAAACACCAAAUUUUGUGGUGAAACUAAUUCUGAAGAUAGGAUUGAAAGUUUGGUACAACUUACUGAAAAGAACUGGCUUUCGAGAAAGAUGCUUAUCUCAACAAUUUACAAUUUCCUUCUCCUUCACAUCAAGGUUUACAUGAAUCCCUCAAAAAUCCAGAAGUAUGAAAUGGGAUCAUCUUCAAAGAUUGCUAAGCAUGAAUUCAUUCAACCUGGUGCCUUAGCAGCAAAGGGACGGGGAGGGAAAAGCUUAAGAGUAAUGGGCUCUUUAAGAGUUAAUGCCGAAUAGAGGACUCUAAUUGCCAAAAAUAAGAGUUGUAAUACAGCAACUUCUAAGUUCAAUAUGCUAGCUGAGAAAAAUUUCAAUGUGCACCCUUAUUUUGAAGCAAUGGAAGACAAUUUCCCCCUCUAUCAAGAAGCUGAAAUGACUCAAGACGCUCAGAGAAGUGACAGAAGCGGUCCAGCAACUUCUAAUCUAAAUAAGCCAACAAAGAGAAGUAUCCUUGUGCCUCCUGAUUUUGAUCCAAUGGAAGACUCCCUUUAUCAAGAUGCUGAAGUGACUCUAGAUGUUCAGAGAAGUGAUACUAGUCCAUUUGAAUCUCAUAAGGCAAAAGAAGUGGCUGCAGUGACUCGAGAUGUUCAGAGAAGUCCAUGUGAAUCUGAAAAGACAAAUAAAGUGAGAGGAAUGAACAUUUGUAAGAAAGUUUUGCGACUGAAACCUGGAGAAAAGUUAAGAGUCACUUUCUACCAAAAUCGAGUUGUUGGGCCGAAUCACACCUCAUUUUCUAGACACUUGGGUUUGCUAGUUCGUGAUCGUAAUAUGUGCCCGCUGCGAGUACACUCAUGGUUGGACAUCGAAGAACAUAAGCUUGAGCACAUGUGGAAAGCUGUUACUGAAAUAUUUGACAAUGAUGACAUGAUUGAUCAUAAAAGUCAUGUUCUGCAACAUAUGAGAAAACUUUGGAAUAAUUGGAGAGGAUCAUUGCACAACAAAAUGAAAUCGAAGUCGUUGCAUGAGGUUCUAAAAGAUGAGCCGGCAGGAGUAGAAAAGAGUGAUUUGCAAUGGUUGGUCAAGGAGCAUUUCUUAUCUGAUAAAUUUAAGGAAGAAACUACAAGAAACUCAGUCUAUAGGUCUAAGGUAGUUAUGCCUCAUCAUACGGGUAGCAAACCUUAUAGGGAGAUCAAUUACGAAAUGGGAGGCAAAGAUGGUAAUCCACCGAACAUGGCAAUUAUUUUGUUUGAGACUCAUAAGAAGGACGAUGAGCUUGUCGAACCUGAAACCAUCGAAAAAUAUGCUGAAAUCCAAGAGCUGGUACAAUCUGAACUGUCUCUUACUAAUAUUGAGGUAGUGGAAAGGUGCUUUGGACCUCAAUGCAAAAGUCAUGCAGUUGGAUUUGGGGGUGGGAUAACCGCUAAGGAGUUGAAAGGUGGUACCACCUCAAAGGCUGCAUUAUUGGAAGAGCUUAAAACAACUAAAAAAGAAAAGGAAUCACUACAAAUCCGCAUGGAUAUUCUGGAGAGUAAAUAUGAACGGCUUGAACGUAUGUUGGUUCGUCAGCCUUCAUCACCUCCACUAGAUCAAGAACUUGAGGAUUGAAGAAAUGUGCUCGAACAAAGUGCAGAGCAAGUUGAAGCGCAUUAUGUUUAUUGUUAUAUUAGUAUUGGUGCAGAGACGUCAUUUGUACAUAUGCUACAAUUUCCUUUUCUCAAUUUUUAGGAUUUGAUGGAUUUAUUUUAUUGGACAUAUAUAUAUAUGUUUUUCAGUAAUUAAUGU